CAUGCGGCGCAGGGUCGAUUAAACCACGUGGACAAGGUAGAGAUUGAUAGUUUUUUUUUCUCGACAGUUGAAUGCCUGCACAGUGGUGCUCUCAUCGUCUGAAAAUUCUGUGUACAGUUGAACAAGUACGAACGGAGCCCCCCCCCCCCCCCCGAACGGCUGCGAGACAACACAGUCAGCGCCAUGGAAAACGAUAUCAUCAAUUUUGCAGAGGGAGGGAAACCACGCACGGCGUGCUCGAGAGUUAGGUUAGGGUCUACACGCAUGUCCCAACAAUCCAACUGUUGACCAGUGUGCCUCCUUCCACUUGACCUCACAAUUAAUUAUACCCAAGUCCAUAUAAAAUGAGGAACUGAUCUCCAAAAGUGUUAUUUUCACCUGCGAUUUAAUAAAUAGUGAACAGGACAAGGAGUUUGUUAAUUAAUUAGUGGUGGUGAUCGGUUUAAUGAUGGCUGUGAAGAAGCUCCUCAAGCGCACACGUGCACGCAAAAAACACGCGGGUUCACCUGGGAGCCCAAAAAAAUUCGUGAAUAAUGAUGGAGUCAACAGUGUCAAGAGACCAAAGCAAAAGAAGACUCUUGUCAUUGCUCAAGAAAUUAAAUUUGCCAGGAUGUUAGCCAGCAAUGAUAAGAAGGCGAGGACCAAGAUGCUUAAGAAACUUACAGCUUGGAUAACUGUACGCUCCAAAAGUUCAUUUGUAUUUACAGAGACAGAUUUCAUGAGACUCUGGAAAGGUCUAUUCUACUGCAUGUGGAUGUCCGACAAGCCUCUAGUACAGGAGGAACUAGCAGAAUCCAUCAGCAAAUUGGUUCAUUGCUUCGAGCUAAUGGAACCCGCUAUUCUCUACACCCAAUGUGCGUUGAAGACACUUAGCACUGAGUGGUUCGGCAUAGACCACUACAGGCUCGAUAAAUUCCAAAUGCUGGCAAGGCGGAUUCUUCGUCAAACAUUCGUCAUGUGUCAGAAGAGAGAUUGGAAUGAGGAGGGGACGAAGGCAGUUGCCAAAGUUAUUGAAGAGCUUUUAUUGGACACUAAAGGAUCUCUAGGCUUUAAAUUCCAUAUCACAGAGAUUUUUAUGGAGGAAUUGGCUAAGGUUUCUGGAGGGGAAAUCCCAGAGGCUCUCGUGACCGAAUUAUUGAGACCUUUCGCCGUCUACCUAGCUACGACAGACGACGACAGGCACAUAAAAAAUGUCGUUCAGCAUAUUUUUCGACAUUUAAUAUUCCAAUCUGAUGUCGGUCUUGACUACACGGAGAAGUUCGAUGCUUGGAGUAAGGCUGGAUACCCCACGGGUAGUAUUGAAGCGAUGAAAAAAGUAGAGGUCUCAGAUGAAGAUGUGUCAGAACCAGAAGACGAACUUGAAAACGAAGUUCCCGAGUCAUCAGCCCUGGACCCUCGAGCGGGUCGAGUAAACGUCGAUCUCCCCCAGAUCCCCUUCGAUUCUCUUCAAAUCGCUGAUCUCAUCAAGCAGUAUAAGUUCCACCCAAUGUCCACCACCAAAACUCGUAAGCGAAUCACCAGGCUCAUCAAUGAAUUUAUUAAACUCUCCAAGGGUACGAUGCCUCUAGGGGUUCAAACGGUCGAGAUUCCCCGUAGGAAGUCCCCAGAAACGAAUCCAAAGAAAGCGGCCGCCAGGUUCAUUGCGUUCGAAGAUCAACUUUACGCAGAUUCAGCGAGAAAUCGAGGGAAGCAAAAACGAAAAAAUGAUGUCAUCGAGAAGAAAUCGAAGAAAUUAAAAAUCAAAGAAGCAAAAUCGUCGGAUUUGGAGACUUCCACUGAAGAAGAGUCAGUAAAGGGCCCGGAUAAUGUCUCUCAGAAGGUCAACAACUCUCACGACAUUAAAGAGAAAUCAUCACCAAAAAAGAAGUCAUUGCAAAAGGAGUUUAAAGUGAAAACAACGAAAACGAAAGCUAAAAAACUGAAGAAAGUGAAGAAAGCUUUGAAUGGAGAAUUGAUGGACGGAAUCGAUGACUUUGUCAACUUCAAGAAAUCCAAGGACAUUAAGUGCGAUGUUGACAGUUGGGACGUGUCGACGAGUGAAGUUUCAGCUCCUCCGACACCAGCUGUUACUCCCAAGGUUUCGAAGUCCCCGAAGGUGGUGUCUCCUGAAAGAAAAAAGUUGAAUUCAAAUUCGGGGAAGCCUUCUAUCAUAGAGAAUAUUCGAGUGACGGACAUACCUUGGUUGCAGCCUGUGACGAAGAAACUUGAAGAUGACGUCAAGACCCCCAUUAAGACCUCUGGGACACCUGAGGUUAGUUCUUCUACGAAGAAGAGGGUCAAAAUCAUGCUGCAGAAGAACACGGCUCAACACACGUCAGAAUAUUUCAAGCAGUUGAUGAUGAGUCCUGGAAUUCCUUACGACGCUAAUAAGAAACCUGGAGCAGGAGUGCUGAAACCAAGCCCACUGCCAAGUCCUGUGAACCCCUUCUAUAAGAAGUUGUGAGGGAGUUGUAAAGAGGUUUUGCUAAGUGAAGGAGUGAUCGAAUCUGGAGGAAAAUUAUUUUUCUCAAAGUGAAAGACUAUCGAGUUCUGAAAUUACCAUUGAAAAAUCUUCACAGAAGUGCUUAAAGGAAGUUUUUACAAAGCUGAAGAAGCUUCCGAACAUUGAGAGAAAUUGUCAUCGAGGAAGGUACAAAAAAAAGCUAACAAAUUCAAGAAAGUGAAGAGUUUUUCAAUGGUGAGACUUUAAUGGACAGAAUUGGUGACUUCGAAAAAAAGACGUUAUGAGCACGAUUUUAGGGUGAAAAGAGAGGGAGGUCCUGGAGGGAAAUGAUUUUUUCUCACUCUUAGAGAUGAGACGUAGGCACUCAGGGAAAAAUGUCAACUUUUUUUUCUGAGGUUUCGUUAUUUAGGGAAAUUGAUUUUAAUAUUAGGAAGAUAGCAAGUUAGUCCUGAGAUGAGGAAAUUUCUUUCAUGACCUAUUUAAAACAAAAAUAUUCUCUCCAGAUGAGAAAAUGGUGUUAAUACUGGAGCGUAUUGGGAAAGUCUACAGGGAAUUUUUUUCACAACACAAUUUUCUGCAUAAAGGAAUCUUUCGACAUAUGCUCGAGAUAGAGUAUUAUUCGGAAGGAAAAUAAAUUUUCUUAACGGAAAGUGGUAUCUUAUAAAAAUCUCGAACAUAAAUCGGCGUUAAAAAAAUUAGAAAAACAUUCUAUCGAAAAUAUUUUCAAACGCCAAAACUUAUAUCUUGUCAUAAAAAAUACUUUAAGGGCAUUUGCAGAUAUUUCCUACAUUUCCCAGAUACUUGUAGACGAAAAAGGUUUUUUUUGUCAUUCACAAGGUACAGUUGAAUAAAACCAUAUCUACUUCAGACCAUA